AUGAGUGCCACAAUUAAUGUUAAACGUAAGAGAAAACGUGUAAAAGUCGAGUGCUUAGAAUGUGGCAGUACAUUUGACGAUGAUUUUAAGAAAAAGCACGAAGAGAAGUUACAUAAUGGUAAACGGAUAAAUGUGAAACAAGUUGGCGCUCCUAAAAACCCAUUCGAAAGUGCGGCUAAAACUUCACGACUUUUAUCCAAACAGAUUAAACUGCAUAAUAUGAUUCCGUCAAGUUCAACUCAAACAAUAUGUAAUGUUAUCCAAACUGAAGCUAAACCUGAAGGAAUAACAGAAUCUGUAUUAGACAAGACUGAAGCAAAACCUGAAGGAAUAACAGAAUCUGUAUUAGACGAGACUGAAGCAAAACCUGAAGGAAUAACAGAAUCUGUAUUAGACGAGGUCACUUCAACAUGUUUUUCAACUCAAUCAGUCCCUACAAAAGAUUCAACGAAUGUGGUUGACCAUGAUAAAAUGGAUGUAAAUUGGUUGUUAUGUGCUGGUCAGUUAGAAAAUAUUUUUGCAGAUUUAACUGAAUGUGGUAUCGUUUUAUCUAAACUAAAAACUGAAGUAUUACCAAAUCCAAUUAAAUUCAUACUAGAAAGUGUCCAGAUUAUUAGUAGAAUAAAAUCUAAGUCUAAAGAUUUUUUAAAAAAUGCAAAUAUUGUUUUGGAACAAUUUUCAGAAGGUACUUCAACUUCAUUGUCAAAUAAUAUUAUUGAUGAAUUUAUAAACCAUGAUCCAGGUGGUCGUGGGCCAAUUAUUUCAACAUCACAACGCCAAUAUCUUAUAGCUUUAGGGCCACAUCAGCCUAAACUAACUAGAUAUCCCAUAAAUCCUAACAUUAAUAAAUGUAAACAGCACAGUUUUAGUUCUAAAUGGUAUAAUGAAUAUCCAUUGAUAGAAUAUAGUAUUUUGAAGGAUUCUGUAUACUGUUUUGUAUGUUCACUGUUUCCACAUGGUCCUGAUAAAUUGUAUUCUAAUGCAGCAUGGAUUUCAACUGGAGUUAAUCAGUGGCAUAAAAUGAAGAGUUGUGGUGCUAAAAAGUUGGGAAAACUUGAGCAACAUUUUUCUUCUACUUCACAUAAGGCAUGUUUAAGCGACUACUAUCAAUUCAUGACUAAUUCAAAUCACAUUGAUAUAAUUUUGAACAGAACUAAUAGAAAAGAAGCAAUACAAUUAGAGCAAGAAAAAGAUUUUAACAAGAGUAUUGUUAUUAUGUUAUUUGAUAUUGCUCGAACAUUAGCUCGACAAGGUUUAGCAUUUAGAGGUGAUGGCGAUGAAAGUGGUGGCAAUUUUAUGCAAUUAGUUAAAUUAUUGUCUAGACAUAACCCAUUAAUGGAUCGUUGGAUUAAGGAGACUUCUAAACGUUCAUAUAAAGUUCAUUAUUUAGGACCGAGAUCACAAAAUGAAUUCAUUGAAUUAUUGGCUAAUGAAACACGUAAAAUAAUUGUAGAUGAAGUAAAAGAAGCAAUCAUUUAUUCUGUGUCAGCUGACACAACUCCAGAUAUCACACAUGAGGAUCGUUUAGCUGUAUGUACAAGGUAUGUCAAUAAUCAAGGUAAGGCUGUUGAACGACUUUUAGAGAUUUCUAAAGGAACCGAUAAGACUGGUUUAGGUACAGCUAAACAAAUCAUUAAUAUCUUAGAAAAUAACUCGUUGAAUCCAGGGUUAAUAACUUUCCAAUCAUAUGACUUUGCUAGCAAUAUGUCUGGAAAAUUUAAUGGAGCCCAUGUGAAACUUUCAGAACUGACUGGUCAUCGAAUUCCGUUUAUACCUUGUCAAGCUCACAGGCUUAAUACUUUUUUAGAGCAUAGUUGUGAUGCAAGUACAAUUAUUGCAAACAUGGUUGAUACUUUAGAAAAUCUCUAUGUAUUUUUUUCUGCAAGUAGCAAGAGGUAUGGUUUACUUAAUAUAAAAUUAUCUGAAACUGAAAAUGCCUUACAGCUAAGAAAUUUAUCAAAAACACGGUGGACAGCAAGAGCAGAAAGUGUUAAAGCUGUAUGGGGCUCAUUAGAAGCUAUUAUCAAAAGUCUUGAUGAAAUAUGUACCGAUAACGGACAUUUUGACAAAUUAACAAGAUCCAAAGCACUUGGUCUUCAAAAACAAUUACUCUCAUUUGAUUUUAUUGUCUCUAUAGUUUUUAUGAAAAAUAUUAUGUACAAAUUAAAAUGUCUUACUGAAACUCUUGAAACUAAACAUUUAUGUAUAAUUGAUGCUAUAGCUUUAAUUGAUAGUACUAUUAAAAUGAUGACUGAGAUAAAAUCUGAUGAUCAAGCUAUAAAUAAUUUAAUUGACAGCGUUUUAUCUUUUGCAACCUUACUUGGAACAAACCCUGAAAGUUAUUUUAAAACACAUCAUCGUAGAAGACUAUGUCCAAAACGAAUCGACUCAAGACCAUCAACUGAGGUUGAAUUUACUAUACAUUUAUUUUACCGAAGAGAAUUUAAAUUAGUUCUUGAUACACUGAUCACAUUAUCAAAUAGCAACUUAAAACAAUGUAUUUCUUCUGUUCAGCCAUUGUUCCAAUUAUUUUCACAACCUUUAGAUAAAUCAAAUAUUACUUUUGAAAAUAUUACAAAUUCUCUCUCUUUAUUUCCAGUAGAUAGUACAGGCUCUAAUCUAAAAGAUCUAGAUUUAGUCCAAACUCAACUAGAGAUUUUAUUUAACAUGUUACAAGAUGAUUCAAAAAAUUUUGAAUCCUUAAUGGAAAAGUCUGAAGAAGUCAAACAUAUUUUACCGUGUGCUAAUUUAUUAUGUCGUUUGGCGUUAACUUCUCCAGUGACUGUUGCCUCAAAUGAGAGGACAUUCAGUAAAUUAAAAUUAGUGAAGACAUUUCUUAGAUCGACAAUGAAUGAUGACCGGUUAAAUUCUUUAGUAAUAUUAGGAAUAGAGAAAGAUAUUGUAGACCAAUUGAAUAUUAACAAAUUAGCACAACAAUGGUCAAAUUUAAAAGAACGUAGAAUACAAAUUUAA